UCUGCAGCCAGGAAGUGGCAUUGACAAAAAGUUUGAAAUGCCACAGCGCGCUCCAACCACGCCGCCGCCGGCGCUCCAGCCGGCGGCGCCCAGCUCCUCCGUCGCCCGCAGCAGCUCUCGGCUGCGUCCUGGCCACCAGUCGACCCGUCUCCCAGCAGCUACAGGCGGCGAGUCUCCAUGGGUAAGUUCUGGGAGCUGUCGCCGCCGCCUCCACCGCCUAGAUCUAGAUCGCCAAGACCGUCCGGCAGCGUCUCCCACAUCUCCGAGACUCCGGAGCCCCUGGCUUGCCCCCGCUCUUUCGCUGAGGUAGUCCGAGCUAGACCCGGCGCCACCUCCCCUCAGCCGCUCGCUCAACCACUGGCGCGCCCGACAUUGAAGUCGACCAUUACUGUGCCUUCGCCGCGACGCGAUGCCUACCGCCGCGCCUACGAGCUGGAGAGGACGGGAAGCCCUGACCCUAUGCGUACGACGCCAAGCAAAGCAUUCAAGCCGGCUGAGCCUGGCUGGACAACGGUACGCCCCCGACACUGGUGGAGAACGAACGAGCAUUCACGCCACCGGCUGGAUUCAAGGCGACAAGAUGGAACUGACCGCACAGCUGGACGGCGAGUCUCCCUCUCUCUGGAAGAAUUCAAGGCAAGAACUAGAGGUCGCUGCUUCGUCUGUCUCGUUCGAGACCACCGUGCGUCGGUAUGCCGCGACCCGCCGCGCUGUUUUGCGUGUAAUCACACUGGGCACAGAGCAAGACACUACAAAUCCCCACGUUCCUCAACUCGUCAUCCCCCCAGAACCCGACGGGCCCUUCCAAGAAGAGCCAGAUCCCCCUCACCACCUAGUCGCCCCCCUGUCGCCGACAGAAGACGCCGAUGUUCCCCGCUUGCCGGCCGUCGCUGUGACGCCCCCCCUAUCCCCAAACUCCGCACGCCACCACCCCGCAAAGAAACAGAGUCCCUGCCACCACCGCCACUGCCGCCGCCCUUCGCAGUCAUGGCGCAGCUGGGAGAUCCUGAGACGCACCUGCUUGAAGACGUCCUCUUCAUCCCAACCUCCCAUGCCAUCGAUGCUGAGCUGCGCGAAUGGGAGAGCACCGCCGCCGUCACCUGGGCGAUGCGCGCCCCUCCAACGGUCACAGCCAAGGACGUUGAGCGCAUCAUCUCCGACGAGUUCGGCCUCCGUGCCGGCGAGCUGGCCGUCACGCUUCACCACCCGGAGGCCUUCAUUCUGAAGUUCAAGCACAGAAGCCACUGUGAGGAGGCAGUGAAGCAAGGCUUUGCUAAAGCCCGUGGAAUCGAGGUCCAUUUCAUCCAGUGGCGUAGCCUGAAGAACGCCGCCGGCUCGGCACUCAUGUACAGAGUGAAGCUCUGCCUUGAUGGCGUGUCGAUGCACCUAUGGGCGCCGGACAUUGCUGAGCGUAUCAUCAGUAGGACAUGCACCCUGGAGACGGUGGAGACCGACCUCGUUCACCCCGUUGAUGCUGGCGAUACACGGGUGAUUUCGCUGUGGGCAUGGACGCCCAAUCCAAGCCGCAUCCACAAGCAUGUUUGGGUGAUGAUCACACGGCAAAUUCGAGACCCGCAGCUUGAAUCGGUCACAAUUUCGGAGCGGCCGCCGGAGCACUGGCAGCAAGGUGUCAAGCACCCGGUUCUCUUCCACAUCGAGGAGAUCCACGACUACACGGUGGCGGCAGUGGACCUCCGCAAUCCGAAGUCCUGCCGGCCGGCGUCGCGCACUUGAUGGCGAGUGUCCUCCUCCCCGCCGCUUCGAGAACUUACCCCAUCAUCCGCCACCUCCGCAGACCUACACCUUCCGGCGCGGUCGGGCGGAGGACGUUGACGACAACACUGGCGCCCUGGCCAGGGAUCCCCAUGACCAGGGCAGUAAGACGACGAGGGAAGAUGGCCGGCGCCGCGGCGACCUCGGCGGACGACGCGACAUUAGGGAUGAUAGGCGCGACGAUGCCCGCCACGACCUUGACGGGCGACACGGCGACAGGGAUGACAGGCGCGAUGAUGCCAGACGUCGCGACCGCAAAGGAAAGUACAACAACGAUCAUCCCGACGCUGACCGCGGUCGGGGCUGGCGGCGAGACGAGCACGACGACGAAGACCGCGACAAUGCGGGCCGCGACAUCGCGCGCGGACGACCUGGUCACCGUGCGGCGGAUGCCAACUUCAGGCGCGAGCGUACGCACUCACCACGAGCCCGCAAUCGUGACUAUGGCGUCAACGGCCGCAGCGAUAGCCGCCGAUACCAAGGAGGUACGUGCGGUGACAAGGAGAACGACAACAACGACCGCGACAGUGGUCCACCUCCCCUGUCUUUCAGUCUUGCCGUCUCCCAGACAGCGAUGGCCCCUGCACAGCCACAGGCAACGCCCCUGGCUUUCUUGGGGAGGGCGCUCCCUAUUCUCCCUCCGCUGCGUCCUCACCGCACACCUGGGAUUGAAGCCCGGUCCGCGGACAUGGGGGAGGCGGCUGUCCCUGCUGCUCGAGUCUUCGCUUGUAUCAACGCAGCAAUCAUGGCGGCCACGGCGGAAAGGGUUAUUCGGAACCUCCUAGUGGCAGCUGGCGUAGCAGUGGCGAUCAACGAGCUUGCCACAGUGUCGGAACUCAGGUCGAUCUAAACGGCGCCAACGCUCGUCCCGACCGCGGCGCCGGCGCCCGCUCUAAACGCCACGCAGAGUGUCGCGCAGCUGGCCGCCCAGCUGGAAAAGCUGGAUAUCUCCCUGCAGCAUGAGGCCACGACUUUUACUGUCGUCAACGACAUCCCGGUGGGGCUGAUGUCCGACAACGGCGGAAUGAUGACGGUGCCCAACCUCGGCACCCUUGAUCCGAUGGCGGACGCAGAUGCGAACGACGGCUCCCAGAUGCAGACACCAGCGCCACCAUCUCCAGCAGGCGAAGGAAGACGGAGGAGUCCAAGGCUGGCUGCGAAGCCGCUAGCCGGCCUACCGAUGUCGCUGAGGGCGCAACUGAACCUCUGUCGCAGGAUGGGACUGACACCACCGGAAGGAAUCCUCACCGAGAAAGUGGUGUCUGACUUCAAGGCCAUGUUCAACGCACCUCUCCCCCAAGAUGCAAUCGACGCGCUUGAACAUCUCUUCGGACUCAACAAGGAGGAGCAGCGGCAGCGGAUGCGGUGCUGGUGAAGUACAUGGGCCCGACGGAUGGCAGCGCCCUGGAGGAACUGGCAGCUUCGGCAUGAGUCAGGAGCUGCGCUCCGAUGGUUGGAGACUCUCUUCUCCAUGUAUCCCCUUUUCUUUGCUUUCCUGUGGCGUGAGACUGGGACACGCGUGCCGGCGGCGAGCGGCAUCACUUCGUAUCGAGACUCGACCCUGAUUUUGCAGCAAUUCCGUGAACCUACUACCCCGGUGCCGCAACUCCGCACCCAA